UUGCCAGUCAUGUGAAACACAUACUGUUGUUUUGCUGAUGUCAGCUAAAUAUUUUUCUUAUAAAUAGAAGGUAACCAAGCCCCAUACAUAUAUUCCUUUGCAGAGGCAUCCACAGACAGCAUAAUGAGGGCAGGCUUAUCUUUGCUGCUCUGCCUGUUGGUUUCAUGGGCUCUUGAGGUGCAAGCAAGUGAAGGAGUGGAGACCAAACCCCAAGGUUUCCUUCCUAACAAAAAGCAGCCUCUGGACCAUGAUACCACAUCUGAUCCGUCCAAUUACCAGUCCAGCACCAACCAUGACAUUUGGACAGAGUUGAGGAUACUGAGAGACAUGGUGGUGGAGCAGAAGGUGGAGUUGAAGAACAUAGAAGGCCGGCUGAGGGAGACAGAGGUGCAGGCAGAUGAGCAGAAGAUGGAACUCCUCCUCACAAAAACCAGCUUGGAGGUGCUGAAGAGAGACCACGCUGCCAUGGAGGAGAGACUGAGAGUCAGUGAAAAACAAGUGGAAGAGCUGAAGAAAGUAAACACAGAGCAGUCAGAAGAGCUGUCAGAUCUCACAGCGAGGCUCGGUGCCAGUGAAAAACAAGUGGAAGACCUGAAGAAAGUAAACGUGGAGCUGAGGCUUCAUCUUGAAAACCAGGCAGCUGAACUUUUGUCCAUAGAAGCCAGAGUGACAGUCAGUGACAGUGAGAUGCAGCUCCUAACACGCAAGAUGGAUGACUUUCAGGUCCAGAACACAGCCCAAGAAGUUGAGCUUACAUCUCUAAUGGACAGGAUGAACACCACUGAGUGCAGAGUGGACAGUCUAAUCAAACAGAGGACAAAGGUGGCAUUUUAUGCUGCUUUGACAAACUCGGGAGAGGUAGGGCCUUAUAAUACUCCAGUGGUCUUAAAGUUCAGCAAAGUCUUUACCAAUAUUGGUAACGCCUAUAAACCAACCACUGGCUUCUUCACUGCUCCUGUGAAAGGAGUGUACUAUUUCAGAUUUACAAUAUGUGGAUAUCCGUACAAGGUUGGCAUCGGAGUGCAACUAUUUUAUAAUGGGAAAUCCAUAAUGUUUAAUGUGCUAGGAAGGUUUGAGUAUAAUGAAAAUUUUGAGUAUCUGUCAAAUGCUGUUAUUCUGAAGCUAAAUGUCGGUGAUGAGUUACAUUUGAUCCUCCCAGAACGGGAGGCAAUCUUUGAUAAUGAAAACAAUCACAGCACAUUUACUGGCUUCUUGCUUUUUAACAUGUGACAUCAAUCCAAUACAUUUUGGAACAACCCAUUCCUGAAAAAGUCAUGUGAAAAUGAAUCAUUUCUGUGUACUGUGCUUUGUGAAGCCUACUCAGUCAAUGUAAAAUAUUAACCAAUGCAAUUGUGCCGCAAAUAAAUAUUCAUCAUCUCUUGGAUAUUGGA